AUGUCCACGCAAAAACACAUCUUCGCCCCAGGCGGCACGAACGACUCCCUCCAAGCAGAACAAUACACCAAAGGCUCCCUCUCCGAAUCCCAACUCGACCCCAACCCCCUCACCCAAUUCGACAUCUGGUUCAAACACGCCGUGGCAGAAAAAGUCCAUCAACCAGAAACCGUGACCCUCUCCACCGCCGAACUGCCCUCCGGGCGAGUCUCGGCACGAAUGGUCUACCUCAAAGAAAUGGACGAUCAAGGCUUCACCGUCUACUCCAACUUCCUCACCUCGCGCAAAUCCCACGAUAUAGCAACAAACCCUCACGCGGCGCUGACGUUCUGGUGGCAUGAACUCGAACGGCAAGUCCGAGUCGAAGGACCCUGUGAACGUUUAUCGUCCCAGGAAUCCCAGAUCUAUUACGAUACCCGAAUUCGAGGCUCCAGGAUAGGCGCCUGGGCUUCUCAGCAAUCGUCGGUACUGAAGUCGAAGGAGGAAUUGGAGGAGCAGGUAGCUGAGGUGGAAAAACGUUUCGAAGGCGAAGAGAAAAUUCCCGUACCGGAAUUCUGGGGCGGGUUGCGGGUGAAGCCGGAGAUGGUGGAAUUCUGGCAGGGAAGGCCGAGUAGAUUGCAUGAUAGAUUUCGAUAUACGCCUGAUGCGAGUGUGGAAGGGAAAUGGAAACUAGAGAGGCUGAGCCCGUAG